GGGAGCGGCCGGAGCGGCGCAGGCAGCGGCAGCCGCGGGACUGGCCGGGCCCCUGGAGGGGGGGGAUUUAAAGGGACCAUGUCCCCAGCGCUGGUGCUGCUGCGGAGGCCGGAGCCGGGCAGGAGGCGGCGGCGGCUGCGGGGCCGCUGAGGAGCCCUGCGGGCCCGGCCCCCUGGGCGCCCGGGAGGCGGGGACGGCGCGUGACCGGAUUUUCUGGCUACAGCUGCCUGUGAAUCCUAUGAAGUCCUGAUGUUUGUUUUUCCUGAGUGACACAACAGAAUCUGUGAGGAAUGGAGAAAGCUGUCUCUACUUCUUCAUCAGAGCAGCAGAGAGCGCAUCAGUGUGAUGGAGGCAAAAGCGUGUUAAUGACAUUGGAGCCAAACAAAGAAGAUUUUGCUGCCCUUGAGUGCUCCCAAGGUGAACAGAGAAUAACUGCUUUUGUUAAAGAUGCAAAAAUGCCUCUGGAGAGUGCAGCUCUAUCAGGGACAUCAGUGGAAGGGGGGACUGAUCUUAAGGAGGCUGCCUUCUAUGCUGCCGACAAUGUGGCAGCCAUGAGCAGAGACGGGAAAGGGAAUUCGGGUGCUGAUGACAUGUGCAGCCGUAAGAAGGAUCCCACUUUUUUCUUGCCUCUAGCCCGUCAGGAGCCAGACGUUGCUUUGGAAGCACACAACGUGGCAGAUGAGCCCGAUCCUGCCCUCUGUGGUGCUGUCCCGACCACGCCUCACAGGAACGAACUCUGCACCAGGAAUGAAGAACAUGUAGAACUCAAGAAAGGGUUUUACAGAGCAGAUUCCAGGGGUUCAGCAGAGCUAAGAAGCAUGACUGUGUCUGGCAGCACAUCAUGGGAUUGUUCCACUCUGGAGACAAGAGGAGGUGACUUGAGAGAAGAAAGCACUUUAGAAAGACUCUCUGGUUUGAAGGACUCAGCAGGCUUAAAGGAAAUGCAGUGUGUAAAUCCUUCAUGCUCAAUGGAGUCCACGUUUACAGUGGAGUCCAAGAUUGUAAAUACUGUGCAGAUGGACACUGAUCAACUGGAGAGCAACUCUGAGGACUUGAACACUCACAAUGCUACAGCAGAAACUUCCAUCCCUUGUCCUGGAGUACGGUCUGUUAGUGGAGAGGAAAAAUAUCAUAAAAAUGAACCAAAGCAACUUGACGCCUUCAGCAAAGAGCACUUAAAUAAAAAAAAGAAGAGCAUUCAGAGGUUUGACUGGAUUUCUGGGCACAAUGAGAGUCUGAGUCCUCACUAUAAAGACAUAAACAAGCCAACAGAUGUAGCAACUAACUUAUCCACCAGGGGACAGGCCGUGCAUGAAGUGCCUUGUCCAUUGACUCUGCCGGUAUUCAGAAAAACGCUAAACCCUGUCUUGAGCAAGUCAAAAACUGUGGAGAGCGUAUCCUCCCACAGGACAGGGCUGGCAAUGGAGGCCAGUUUGAGUGACUUGAGUUCUCUUAAUGCUGCAGAGUGGACAUUGCAAAAGCCAAGCCUCCAGAUAAAUGCAGAUCUUGCUGUCAGCAAACAGUCCUGGACCGUAAACGCUGAAGACUCUGUGGAACGAAUCCCACUGAUGUCUCUAGAACCGACUCCCUGCAGCUCCUAUGACAUAGAGAUGAGGCCAUAUGUGUGCAGUGUCUUGCUAGAGGAGCAUGGAAAGGACGAGCUUGGCCAGGAGGAGGAUCCCACCGUGUACACAUGCAUUGAAUGCAGCAUUUACUUUAAGAAAAAGGAACACUUGAUGGAUCAUAUGCUUCAGCAUAACCGGGGACCAGGGCAGGACCAAGACAGAGAUGCAGUUGGGGGUCAGUGUCAGUUCUCCUGUAAUGAAUGCGGAUGGGCAUUUGGGGACCUUGGCUCUCUGGAGCAGCACAAGAGGCUUCAUCAGGAGUCCAGGGAGAAAAUCAUUGAAGAAAUCCAGAAGCUCAAUGAGUUUGCAGACGAAGGUCGAGAAGCCCGGCUGCAGUGCCCCAAGUGUGUUUUUGGAACCAACUCCUCUAAGAUCUUCGUCCAGCAUGCCAAGAUGCAUGUCAAGGAGAGGAAGGACCAAGGCAUGAAGAAUGUGAAUCUCUUUGGCAGAGUUGGCAGUGGAGAAAUGCAUGACAGCCCAGUACACAACAUCUACAAACACUUCAAACCAAACAAACACACCCCUCUGCAGGUGCAGCCACACAGCAGCAGUAAAGGACUCAGCACCUGCAUGCUCUGCAGCUUCCCCGCUCCCAAUGAAAAUAUCCUAAAGGAACACAUGAAAUAUGCCCAUUCCCAUCUUCCCUGGGACACAGAGACUUUUGAAGAGGACUCUAAUCAGCCCGGAACUAGCAGGGAUGCCUACAGCCCCGCUAGGCCAGGCCGAUUUUCAGAGACGGAUUAUUUUGGCAAAGCCGAGAGACUGUUUCCCCAGCCUCACCGAGAAAGCACAUCCCAUUAUGAAUCUGUCCAGAACUUUGCCAUGGGUCACCAGAGACUCAAUAAAAGCAAUGGGACUAAUAAAAAGGACUUCCAGACAUCAGGGUUUCACACCAGGAAAGCAGCCCCGUAUGGUGCCCUGCACAAAAACUUAGGGCUGUCCACCCUUACCUCAGCAAAAGUUUAUUCUCAGUUUGCCCUACAGCAAAUGAAAAAAAAAAGCACAGUACACCACCAUGAGAGUGACGGGGACAAUUUCAGGAGUCACCCGGGGGAGCUGGAGGAGCUCAGGCACAAAUGGGCAUUGGCAAAUGAUGUUGGGAGCAUGGAAGAGGAAAUUUCUUUAACCACCGAAAUAGAUUUGACUGAGAAUAGACGCUUCAAACCCUUUGCUAUUCCUCAGUCUGCUUUGGCCCUCAAGAGAACUUUCAGAGACACAUUGAAAGCAACAGACUCUUCUAUAGCAUCGGAAGAACAGCAGCAUCAGUUACGGAAGAUGGUCCCUGUUGUCCUUCUAGAGGAGAUGAACCUUCAUCCCCAGAAGACAAAGCGGCCAAAGGGGAAGCUGUACAAGAAGAAAAUAGCAGCUCCUUCCAGGGAGUUCAUGAUGGACGAAUCCCUCCCCUUAGAUAUUCUCUUGCUGGACUCCCCUCUAGAGGGUUCCCUAGAGCUAGAUGACCUCUUGGAUACAGACUCGCCCAUGCUGAAGAACGAAGAGAGGAAAUGUCCAUAUUGUCCUGACAGGUUUCACAAUGGAAUUGGCCUAGCCAACCAUGUGCGGGGACACCUGAACAGGGUGGGUGUGAGCUACAAUGUCCGUCAUUUCAUCUCAGCAGAAGAAGUGAAAGCUAUUGAGCAAAAAUUUUCCUUCCAAAAGAAGAAGAAAAAAGGUAUUGCCAACUUUGACCCAAGUACUUUCAGUUUAAUGCGAUGCGAGUUCUGUGGGGCUGGUUUUGAUACACGUGCCGGUCUGUCCAGCCAUGCCAGAGCCCACCUGAGGGACUUCGGUAUCACCAACUGGGAGCUCACCAUCUCCCCAAUUAACAUCUUAAAGGAGCUGCUGGCCAAUUCAUCCCAACACCCUAUGCUGCAGUCUGCAGUAGGAACAGAGCCUUCAUCCCCAAACCGAGAGAGGGAGAUGCACGGGUUUGGAUACCGAAAAAGCAUGACCCCCAUGUCCGAAUGCAGCAUUCCAAGGUCUCCUUUAUCCCCGUUCCCACCUGCGUGGGGAGACGAGUCCAUGCAGUCCUUCCGAGACGUUAUGGCCUCUGAGGAAGAAGAAAUGGUUGCCAUGGAAGUGGGGUCACCACCCAUCCCAAAGAAGAGCACUUCCGCCGGGCAAUUGGAUCAAACUCCAAACAGAAUAGGGACCAAACUGUCUCCUGAGCCUCCUGGAAACAAGCCAGACUCCCAGGAUUCCAAAACUCAAAACCUCACAACAUGCGAGGUCUGUGGCGCCUGCUUUGAGACCCGCAAAGGCCUGUCCAGCCACGCUCGCUCUCACCUGCGGCAGCUUGGCGUGGCAGAGUCCGAGAGCAGUGGAGCUCCCAUCGACUUGCUCUAUGAACUGAUGAAGCAGAAAGGCAAACCUGACAGCAGCCCAUUGUCCCCAACACUCAGCAAAAAAUCCAGCUCCCCCAAAGAAGGGACAGGCAGCUCCCCACGGCCAACACUGCUGUCGCUCAGCAAGACAGGCGAUCGCUUGCCAGAUCCCCCGGUGAACAAAGCGAUCAAGUCCCCACCAGGCUUCUCCUCAAAGAGCCUUUCGCAGCCAGGAUCCCCCCUCCUCAAGAAAGUGCCAUCCACGCUCUCGGGAUCCCCCCCUCCGAAACACCCCGAGGACAAGACCCCCAAGCUGCCCCUGAGCCCCCUGCAGAGCUCUCCGAAAGCACCGUGGCCGCAGCCGGAGGAGGAAGGGCCCUUAAAUCUAACUGUAGAUAGUGACUCGGGCAAAGAAAUUGACUGCCAGUUAUGUGGUGCCUGGUUUGAAACCAGAAAGGGGUUAUCGAGUCAUGCUAGAGCCCACCUGAGACACCUGGGAGUGAAUGAUCCAGAUGCUAAAGGCUCUCCAAUUGAUGUUUUAAAUGACCUCAUCCAAAAUGAAGACUUCAAAAGCCGUCUUUCCUCUCUCCUCCCUAGUGAGAGAAAAUCAUUAGUGGAGGCUGGGAGCUCGGACAGACCCAGCCCAAAGAGCACAGCAGCAGUACCUGCAACAGACAUGAAACAACCACCUCCACCAAGGCCUUUGGGCAAACAGCCAGCCAUCCUCUCACCUCACUCCCUUCCACCUUCCAAGAAACUGAAGCCACAAACCCACAGGUUGUCAGCUGAGGCCAAUCUGCAAAGAAAACAGGGCCUUUCCUCCAGCGCGUACUGGGCUUCAGAUGCUGGGAUGUCUCCACUCAACCUCUCCUCUGGAUCGGAGCCUGUGAGGGAUAUCAGGUGCGAGUUCUGUGGAGAGUACUUCGAGAACCGGAAAGGGCUGUCCAGCCACGCCAGGUCCCACCUGCGCCAGAUGGGGGUGACCGAGUGGUAUGUCAACGGCUCCCCAAUCGACACGUUGCGGGAGAUCCUCAAGCGCAGAGCUCAGCCCCGGGGUGGCACCACAAACCCACCAGCCCCAGGGCAGAAAGCCAUGACCAAGACCGUCAUCGGCAGCAUGGGAUCGCUGGAGCCUCGCAGCCCAGGAGAGAUUCACGUGCCCUCCAUGCCCAAAAAGGUCCAGCAGCCAGGAAAUCCCAUGGGACACUCGCCUACCUCCUCCCCUCCCCCAACAGCCAGGAAGAUGUUUCCAGGGAUGGCCCCUCCCUCUUUUCAGAAGAAACUGAAACAAGACCAAAUGAGAAUGGAGAUCAAGCGAGAGAUGAUAUCUGGGAGCCUCCAUGGUGAGCCCCAUCCAUCUGACAGGACCUGGUCUCCACGGGAGGAGAUGUCCCCCCUGAACCUCUCCUCCCGUGCUGACCCUGUGAGGGACAUCCGGUGCGAGUUCUGUGGCGAGUUCUUUGAGAACCGGAAGGGACUGUCCAGCCAUGCCCGGUCCCACCUGCGCCAGAUGGGGGUGACCGAGUGGUCUGUCAAUGGCUCACCCAUCGACACGUUGCGGGAGAUCCUCAAAAAGAAGUCCAAGCCCUGUAUGAUCAAGAAGGAGCCCCAUGCUUCCAGCAUUGAGCUCCCCAAGCCGAUGUCAGAGGAAGGUGCAGCCCUCAAGUCCCCUGGGAAAAUCCUGCAGGCCAUGUCCCUCUCCCCGCUGGGUGGAAGGACGGGGAAGCCCAGCCCCAGUGGUUCCAGCAUGAGCCGGGAGAUCUCGCUCUCACCACUCACCAGCAAACCCCACGGGGGCUUCCUGACUCCACUCUCCGCCAAGCGGCCACUGCAGGAGGAGCGGCUUGGGGGCCAUGGUGAAGUGAAGCAGAAGACCUACAUCCAGACUGAGCUGCCCUUCAAAGCCAAGGCGGCUCAUGACAAGCCCUCGCACACAUCCAGUGAAGCCUGCUGCGAGCUCUGCGGCCUCUACUUCGAGAACCGCAAGGCACUGGCCAGCCAUGCCCGGGCUCAUCUGCGGCAGUUUGGUGUGACUGAGUGGUGUGUGAACGGCUCACCCAUCGAGACGCUGAGUGAGUGGAUCAAGCACAGGCCCCAGAAGGCCGGAGCCUAUCGCAGCUACAUCCAGGGGGGUCGGCCCUUUACCAAGAAGUUCCGCAACUCAUCCCACUCACGGGAGCAGGACAGCACAGGAAAGAGGCUGCCCCUGGGCCUGCAGCCAGGCACCAUACCCCUGAUGAGCAAGAGCCUGGUGGGCGAAAUGGGGCACAGUGAGCCCAGCAAACUCCUGGAUAGGGGCAGUGGUGGGGGUGGCGAGCGACCCAUGGUCACCUCUCCGCUGUCACUGGUGAAGGUGGAGGAGCAUCGCCAGAACAUCAACAAGUUUGAACGAAGACAAGCCAAACCCCCAGAGACCCCCCUCUCCCGAGAGGAGGAGGCCAGCGACUUCCAGCAGAAAAUGGAGGAAGCUCGCCAGCCCCCACCCAGGAUGAGACCAGUGCCCUCGCUGGUCCCCAGGCCUCCGCAGACAUCCUUGGUGAAAUUUGUGGGUAACAUCUACACCCUGAAGUGCAGGUUCUGUGAGGUGGAGUUCCAGGGUCCUCUCUCCAUCCAGGAGGAGUGGGUGCGACAUCUCCAGCGACACAUCCUGGAAAUGAAUUUCUCCAAAGCCGACCCCCUGCGCAGCGAGCCAGAGGCCCCCGAGGUGCAGGCCGUAGCUGAGGCUCAGUAACGGAGCCCGCUGGCCGGCAUCCCUCUGCCCCUCUCUUGUACGAGCACAUUUCCAAAGGAGCAUGCUGAAGGACUCUGCUGCAGACGGUUACCAAGGGGAGGUAGCUAAAUUCUUACAGCUGGGCUCUGCAGCCUCCCGGAGCCCAGCUUCUCCUGUGCUGACUCGCAUAGCAUGGGAGUGCCAGCGUUGAGCACUACGUGACGUAAGACAUUCUCUUGGGGGAGACAACCCAUACAGACUGGAGACGGGACCCCAUGGGGGUCCCAUGAAGCCGGCGAGGAGGCUGCUGCACAGAAUCUUGACACACUUUGGACACGCUCCUGUCACGAAGGGAGAGUGUGAAAUGAGACUCGUUUUCCCAUCCAGGAAGGGGAGCUCCCUGCAGAAGGGGGAUGAUUGUGGGGAUCCCUCUAAUGAAUGCAGAUUAGUCCAGAGAUUCUGGUCCCAGGGAGGGGAGUGCGUGUUUGCUCUGUUGCAAUUCAGGUUUCGAUGAGAAUUGCAAACGUGACGGUCCAUCAGGCCAUCUGUAACAAGAGAGGGAGAGAGGAGAAAGCAACUCUGUCUGUGAUGGUGAAUGUUGUUAAUUAUGUAUAUGGCCCUAGAGUUAAUUAUAUUCGAUUCCUUAGACGAUGAUGAAUUUAGUUCACGUAGAUGUCAGAAUCCAUUCUUAUUGGGUUGCGCUGCAUGUUAUCCAUCCCUCUCCACCAGACAAUACAUCAUUGGUCAACUUUAUCCCACACAUUAAAUGGCAAGUCAUGGAUUUACUGAUCCUCCACCCAUCUCGUAAUGUCUACAUUCAUUCUUUCCCUCCCCCCAACUUCUCGCUGUCCAGUUGUCAUCCUAACCAUUUCACUUGAGAUUGUGCAGUGCCCCGCGGGUUCCUGUUGCUGUUAGCUUCCCGUGGCGGUGACCCACCACGAGCGGAAGGGGUAGCUUUAGGCUGCACGCUGCCUUCCUUUCCUUUCUUAGCCUUCAAUUGUAGAAUGUCUUAAGGUCUCCGCAGUGCGACCUCCUACCCCACCUGUCUGAAGGGUGGGUGUGUAAACUCCUGCCUGAGUUCAGGUGUGUAAAUACCAGCCAAGCCUAUCCCAGGAGGCGCAAUGGCGGGCAUGGGCUUCCAGGGUUCUUUGGGGAAGUGCUGAGUGCUACUAACACUUUUCCUGCCAAUUCAGACUCCAAAACAGCAGCAGGGGCGGUCGCCAGCGCUCUCCAGGAGAACCUGGACUCUCUCCACACAGCCCUGCUCGCUGUUGCUUUUUAUGUCUAGCUGCAUAGAACCUCGACUUUUUUAACUCUAGUUUUGUGUAGAAAUAACGAGCAUUCAUUUUUAUUUGGAAUCCCAAGCUGAGCAGAGCUUGGAAGGAAUUUACCUUUUAACUUUUUUCAUUGGGCAUAUUCUGGUUAUUAAUGUACCUAGGAAUAUGUAAAUUAGAUUAAACUUCUCUUCUGGAAACCAA